CGUGAGUGUGAGCGAGUGCGGCUUGGGAAAAGUUACGUCUGCGUGACAGUGACACAAAAAAACACCGAACGCCUCAGCCGUAAGUGGCCGCACGUUUCAUGCCUAUUGUGUUAUCACAAACGAAUCGCAAUACCAGGUCGUCCUCGGUGUCGUCGUGUUUAACUUGUGGUGACCGUUCGGCUGUCCGCCACGCUACAGGAGGAAUGUUGGCAUGCUAUUCAGAUGUAACCCGACGAUUCGCUCAUUGAGCCGAUCCGGCUGAUUGAGUCUUAAUCGGCGAUGUUUUAUAUUGCGCCCCAGAUGCCUACCAUCGACGCGGCGAGGUUCGGCCUGCUAUGUUUUUUCUUCGCAAGUGCCGUGUGUGGUCAGGAGUGUCCCCGUGGAUGGGUGGACUUCGGUCAGUCGUGUUACAAGUUCAACCGCUCCCCAACCCGGACGCGGGAUGGUGCCGAGCAGGCCUGCCAGGCCUACAACAGCGAUCUGAUCACGGUGAACACAUUUGAAGAGCACCAUUUUGUCAUCGACUGGUUACGGGACCAUGACCCUCAGCAUCGGAGAUUUUCUACUGAGCUGGACCGCUGGGGUCUGCAGAGGGUUGCUCCGGGAGACGAACUGGCAUUCAUCUGUGAGAUCCCCAAGGAGCGGGUAUCCCAGAUUCACAUCCAGGAACGACCUCUCGACUUUGGCUAUGUGCUUACCAACCGAGAGGAUGCUCCUCGGGGCCCUGACUUUGCCGAGGAGCCCAACGAGGUCAUCUUCGACCUCAACGGCCGCAGCCAGACCAACGACACCUUCCUGCGCUGCGUGGCUGAAGGAAACCCGCUGCCCACUUACAAGUGGUUCAAGGAGGAGUACUCAAAUGACGAACUCCUCAACAUUCACAUUGACCCGCUCUCCAAUGGUCGGUACACUCAAACUGAUGGGACCUUGACGAUUCAUGGCCCCGAUCAGAGUUUAGACAGAGGCAAGUACCACUGCAUGGCUGAAAAUAAGCACGGCAGGAUCCUGUCUCGCUCUGUUUCUCUUGGUUUUGGCUUCAUCGGAGAGUUCAACAAAAACCGAACCGGUGACAGCGGCAAGGAAUUCUGGGGAAAGUCGGUGUCGUGCGACCCCCCGCAGUUCAACCCGGCGGUGCACUACUUCUGGGUGCGCAACGCCUUUCCGGACUUCGUCCAGGAGGACCCGCGCGUGUUCGUGUCGCACGAUGGCAACCUGUACUUCUCGUCCCUGGAGAAAAACGAUGACGCAAACUACUCCUGCAACGUCCAGAGCCGCAUCUCCUCCACGAGUCGCACGGGGCCCUAUUUCCACCUUCGUGUUGAGCCGGCCUCAAGCGGCCAGAAGCUGCUCUUUCCCAACAACUUCCCGAAGUCAUUUCCCGAAGCACCAAUGGCUGGCAAUGACGUGCGCCUGGAGUGCAUUGCUUAUGGAUAUCCUGUACCCAAGUACAACUGGACGCGUGUUGGAGGCCCCAUGCCGCUGGGGGCGCAGAUCAGCUCGCAUGGCCGUGUGCUCCUUCUACCGCAUGUGCGCGUCAGAGACCUUGGCGAGUACGUCUGCAUCGCCAGCAACGACCAAGACAGCAUUCGUAAGAGUGUCACCCUCAGCUUACAGGCGAUGCCCGAGUUCACUAUGCCGCUGGAGCACCAGGUGGCAGACGAAGGCUCCAGAUUCACGUGGACCUGUGAGGCAUUUGGCAUUCCCGAGGUGGAGUACCGCUGGUAUCGCAAUGGCCAAACGCUCAACACUAAAAGCAGCGAAGACAUGCGGGCCCGGUACAAGGUGGACAACAACGUCCUGGUCAUCGAGGACCUCAACCGUGCCGAUGAAGGCAUGUACCAGUGUUCAGCCACCAAUUAUCUUGGCAACAGCUUCUCCACAGCACAGCUGAGAGUUGUCAAAAUGGCACCCAAUUUCGCAAAGUACCCCCUGGACACGGAGAUGUACACUGCCGAGGAAGGCAUCAUCACCAUCCCCUGCCGUCCUGAAGCAGCCCCGUUCCCAGAGUUCACGUGGCGACGGAAUGGCGACACAUUUACACUUGGGGGCAGGGCGAAGGUGCUCAACAACGGCUACCUGCAGAUCGAUCCGGUGCGCCGGGAAGAUGAAGGCAACUACACUUGCAUUGUCAAGAACCAGUAUGGCACUGCCAGCAGCACUGGUGCCCUUGUCGUGCUGUCAUUGCCAUGCAGCGUGGAGUCUCCUCCCCCGAAGGUGGUGGCCACGGUGGGGAGCCUGGAGGAGCUGCACUGCCAUGCACUGGCACCGCACAUAUUGGACCUGUCCUACAUCUGGCUGCACAACGACCGACGUAUACAUCCAUACGAGCAGCCCCAGUAUGGCGUGGGUUACCGCCCAGGCUACCUGGUCAUCUACAAUGUGAGCUUUGCAGAGGCUGGCCACUACACCUGCAUAGCCAAGACAUCAGUGGGCAAGGUGUUUGCCAACACUGAGCUGCUGGUUAUAGGUCCCCCGGGUCCCCCUGGUGCAGUGCUUGGCCACUCUUUCAACGCUACUUCUGGGUUUGUUGAGUGGGCUGACGGCGCUAGUCAUGGCAGCCACAUCACAAGCUAUGCCAUCGAAGGCCGCACAAACCACAACGCCACCUGGAGGGAGCUGCUGAAUGUGACAUAUGUCCCAGCUUCAAAGCACCACAGGCCAGGCAGGCGAGAGAUUCAGCUGGGUAAUGUGCUGUCACCGUGGAGCAAAUACGAGUUUCGGGUGAUCGCUGCCAACUUGCUCGGUGUUGGUCAACCAUCUGAUCCCAGCCUACAGUACAACACGGCCGUGGACCGACCGUACGUUGCCCCGCGCACUGUCAGUGGCGGAGGGGGCACGACUGGCUCACUCACCAUCACAUGGACGCCGCUAUCACCGGAGGAGUGGAACUCACCGGAAGUCUGGUACCGCGUGUACUACCGAGCAUCUGGUAACCGAAGUGAGGUAAGAAAGAAGGACCUCCGUAGGCUCGGAAACGUUGGCCUGUACUCGGUGCGUGUUGGCCGGGAGAACUACUACUCACCGUACGAGGUUCAGGUGCAGGCGGUGAACGUGGUUGGCGAGGGCCCCAUCUCAGAACCAGAGGUGAUCUACUCAGCCGAGGACGUGCCCCAGGUGCACCCCUUCAGUGUCUACGCUAUGCCACACAAUUCCACUGCCCUGAACGUCACUUGGAAAACACUUGACAUCACCCGUGAGAAUAUUGGAGGACGCCUUAUUGGACACCGGAUCAGGUACUGGCGCAGAGACCAGAACCCGCUGGACUCCCUGACUGUGCUCAAGCGAGGCAUCGAAAACUGGGGCCUCAUCGGUGGUCUACAACCCAACACAGAGUACUGGAUGGCUGUCAUGGCGUACAACAAGGCUGGAUCGGGCCCCGAGAGUGAGUUCUCUCUGGCCAAGACGUUCAAGGCCGCACCCCUGCAGACCCCGACGAGUGUCAAGGUGCGCGCCCUCUCUCCCACCAGCGUACUUGUCACGUGGCAAGGCGUGGAGCCGUCCGUUGAGGAGGAGUGUAUACAGGGCUACAAAGUCUGCUACUGGGACGCAGACCAGGACCUGAAGUUGGCCAAGGAGGUCUGCAAGCAGCUCAAUGGCGAGGACCUGGAAGCAGUUGUGUCUGGCCUGGUUCCUGGCAAGUUGUACAAGUUCCGGGUGCUUUCUUGGAGUUUUGGUGGCGAUGGAAAGAUGUCCUCACCCCCUUUGGAGUUCCGCAUUGGAACUCUCUGGCGCAGUCUGCUGACACCUGAACAGUGGUCCACAGUUCAGGACGGGUGGUGGUGAAAGAGUAUAGGGGCAAAGAUAUACUGCAGUCGUAGAACCCUAUCAAGGGACAGCAGCUUGCGAGGGUACCGGGCCGACACCAGGCGGCGUAGAGUCGCAGACACGAGACGGCAGGCAACCAUGUGUGGCGGGCAGAGAGAGCAUGGAUGAUGUGUGUUUGUGCGGUUGGCAUGGUGGGAGUGCGCGACGACGAACUGAGCGAUCGAAGUGGUCGACGGAGCAAGCCGUGUGCAGUGCGGCUGGACUGAACGCAGACUCUCUGUGUGUGUGUGCGGUGGCUUCGGCCUCUGGGACCACAAUAGAAAUGCUUUCUCCAACACUGGGGAAUAAAGGAGAGCCACACAGUCCCAUACAGACCACCAAGACAGACUGUGUAAAGCCAUAACGCAAGAGUUGGACACUGACUGGUGGGCUACUGCACUUCCAAUAGGGACUAGGACAAAAGGCUGUCCGAAGUGGCGCUUGAAAGGCGCACGUCUGAGAGUGUAGUCACUGGCUUUACGCCUACCUUAUGCUAUGGCCGACAACUACGGAACCCGUGGAGCCAUCGAAAUCGGGCAGCUGGUACCGACGAGGUGCCUCCCACUGGGCCUCAUGCCCUAGCUGCUUAACAGGAUGUGUACCUUCGAGAUUCCUGGACCUUUGCACAGGACCCCCAAACUUUGGCAAAAGCCAGCCAUGCAAAGUUUUACAACAAAAGGCGCACUCCAGCUACCUUCAAGGUUGACGAUUUGGUGCUCCAGGACAUGCACCCGCUCAGUAAGGCAGCCAUGGGAUUCACAGCCAAAUUUUCCCUUCGAAGCAUAGGGUGAUUUAGAGUGAUUGCUCGCAUUGGACACAAUACCUACAGACUCAAAGACCUGGCUACAGGGGAACAGAAAGGCAUCGCUAAUGCAGACAAACAGAGCAGUUAUCAUGGCCUUGAAAGUCCUCUUCGCAGGAUAACAUGGGGGGUGGGGGUGAUCUGUGAGGGUACCGGGCCGACUCCAGGCGGCGUAGAGUCGCAGGCACGAGACGGUAGGCAACCGUGUGCGGCGGUCAGAUAGAACAUGUAUUGUGUGUGUGUGCGGUCGUCAUGGCGGGAGUGCGCGACGAGGAACCGAGUGAGCGAAGUCGUCGGCAGUGCAAGCCGCGUGCGGUGCGGCUGGACUGAACGUAGACUGUGUAUAUGUGCGCCCAGGAUUUCCCGAAAUAAAGAACGUACUUGACAAGCUAUAAAUUAGAAGGUUGCAGCUCCACUGUGGAGAUAAGCUUUCCGGACAUGAAAUACUAAUAGGGAUGCGCGAAUAUACAUGAAUUUUAAUAACUAGUAUAAUAAUGUUCUAUUCCAUUCAGUUGUCAAAUUGAAUAAUCAUCAUUCGAUUUGUCUUUGGCAGUAUUCAAUUCCAUGUCAAAAGUUACUGUUCGCGCACCCCUACAAAAUAGACAGCAUAGUACACGUGGUUCCGAGGAAGUGGCCACUACACUCGCUACGCAAGACGGUCGGAAAGACAGGGUGUAUAGUGAUUCGAAAGCGGCCGUCAGGGCUUUCCAGAAAGGCCGGGUAGCCCAGCAGGUAGUUAAAAUUCUGAAACGCACCAAACACGGCGACAGCCCCAUACAAUCCAUUCUUUGGUUCCCUGCCCACGUCGGGGCGAUUGAGAGGGUUCCUCUCAACCUCAACGAGUCUGCCUACGAGGCUGCGCAUGGCUUUACCAACCGCGCUGCCCUCGGAUCGGCCGACUCUCCCCCCGGACACUGGGACGCUCCUAUCACGCACAAUGAAAUUACUAAAUUAUUUCACUUAGCGACAAGGGUCUUCCCGCCGCCUCAUCCCAAGCUCAACAAACCGCAGGCGGUCACGCUCAGACUCCUGCAAACUAACUCUAUAUCCAAAUCCGGCGUCCCUUAACAGCAUAUAUCUUGACAUUUACCCGAAUUGUUCAUGCGCGGCCUGUGGUGAGGCUGCUACUUUGGCUCACAUGCUCUGUGAGUGCGGUUCAUUGGGGCCUAAGUUCAUCAAGGAAGAGUGGGACGCGCUCCUGCGAAGUCCCGCCUUUGAAGACCAAGUCCUGGUCGUCCAGCGCGCCUAGACCUGUCGGUCCCGUCGUGGGAUUAGCCGGGUGCGCGUUUUAUCGCGUUUUGCUGGACCCAAUAAAAGUUUAUUCACUCACU